CCGCUUCUUGUUUUGUCUAGCGACGGUGGCAGUGUGUGUGUGUGCAUGCGUGGCCCCAUAAAGACCGAUCGGAAAACUCAUCUGUUUCAUUCGUAGUAGCGCAGCGGAAACGGAAGUUGAUAUGAGCAAGGCAGGCAGACCCGGUGUUGCAAGCUGGCCGAGUGAUUGUUAAGUUUGUUGUUAAUGUUAUUCGAUACGCACAAACCAAACGCCAAAUGUGUUCCUUGCUUGGGUGCAGUGCAAGCGCAUCUGCGACGAGGCGCGUGAAGAUGACGACGAUGAUGCUGCUGCUGGUGCUGCUGACGACGACAAUCGUUCGCUGCGAUCAGCAGAUAGAGCUUACGGAGCAACUACCAACCGUAAUGGUGGCAGUGUUGGUACGAAACAAAGCGCACACGUUGCCAUACUUUUUCUCCUACUUGGAGGAUCUCGACUAUCCCAAAGAUCGGAUGUCGCUCUGGAUAAGAUCCGAUCAUAAUGAAGAUCGUAGCAUCGAGAUUACCAAGGCAUGGCUGAAAAGAACCAGCGCGCUGUACCACAGCGUUAAUUUUAAGUACCGCAGCGAACAAGGAAAGCGAGAAAGUGAGAAAACCAGCAGUCACUGGAACGAGGAACGAUUUAGCGAUGUGAUACGGCUAAAGCAGGAAGCCCUGCAGACGGCUCGGACAAUGUGGGCUGAUUUUAUAUUCUUUCUCGAUGCCGAUGUUUUCCUGACGAACAGCAACACCCUUCGCAAGCUGAUCGACCGCAAGCUCCCGAUCGUAGCGCCCAUGCUCGUGUCCGAUGGAUUGUAUUCAAACUUUUGGUGCGGAAUGACAUCGGACUACUACUACCAGCGGACGGACGAUUACAAAAAGAUUCUAAACUACGACCAGGUCGGCCAGUGGCCUGUGCCGAUGGUUCACACGGCUGUGCUGGUGAGCCUAAAGAUUGCCCAAACGCGUCAGCUAACGUUUGAGCGGAAAAACCUCCCGGCCGGCCGGUACGAUGGGCCGGUGGAUGAUAUUAUAAUCUUUGCCAUGUCGGCAAACUACUCAGGGAUUCCGAUGCACGUGUGCAACGAGCUGCUUUACGGGUACAUUAUGGUACCGUUGGAAGCAGGCGAAACCGUACCGGGGAAAGAUUUGGAACAGUUGACCAAUGUGCUGAGCUACAUCGUGAAUGAGUAUGGAGAGUUGAAGCUGAAGCAGGAUUUGAGUAGAUUUGUGUCUGAUGCACCAAAAGAUAAACUAUCACUUUCGCACAUCUACAUGAUCAAUCUGGAGCGACGUUCGGAGAGGCGUACGAAAAUGAGGAAACACUUUGAUUUGCUCGGACUGGACGUGGAACAUUUUCCGGCCGUUGAUGGCAAGCAGUUGAGCGAUAAGAAAGUGCACGAUAUGGGCAUACGCUUCCUGCCCGGUUAUGCUGAUCCGUUCCACAAGCGUCCGAUGACGAUGGGUGAAAUCGGGUGCUUUUUAAGCCACCACAGCAUCUGGGAACGUAUGGUUCGCCUCAACCAGCAGGAGGUACUUGUGCUGGAGGAUGAUAUCCGGUUCGAACCGUUCUUCCGUCGACGGGCGUACGGUGUGUUGGCCGAUGCACGUCGCAUCGGUGGCUGGGAUUUGAUCUACUUUGGUCGCAAACGGUUGCAGGAGGAGGAUGAAAAAUGGAUCGAUGGAUCGGAGUAUCUGGUAAAGGCGGGAUAUUCUUACUGGACGCUCGGGUACGUGAUUUCGCUCGAAGGUGCGAAGAAGCUGCUACGGGAGCAACCGCUCGGAAAGCUGCUGCCGGUAGACGAGUAUUUGCCGAUCAUGUUCGACAAUCAUCCGAACGAUAGCUGGGCUAGCCAUUUUCGUGACCGUACGUUGAACGCGUGGAGUGCAGCACCAUUGCUGCUGUAUCCAACGCACUACACCGGUGAUGAAGGAUACAUUUCCGAUACGGAAGAUUCUCUCCGUAUCGAUGGAACGCUACCAACGAUUGGUGGUAGCAAGGGAGGUGCCGGGACGGUUAAUAACGAUACUCGCGACGGUGCUCAAGUGCCAGCCAGCGAACCAAAGAAAGGCGACAAGGAACAGCUGCCCAACUCACCGACGUUAUUGGCCGAAUCGGGAAUCGAACAGGGUGAGCAUGAUCUGGAGACGAAGAACAGACGCAGUGAGCUAUAGCAAACUAGGAAGAGUUAGAGAUGGACAGGACGAACAUUUCGUAAGCUUUAUACCAAAAACAAAAAGACGGAACCAACUCGAACUCGAAUGCGUAGACGGGAUAGAAUUGCGAUAAUAUUAAUGUGCCUUAUAAUCGAUUUUAAGAAACCGCCAUAACACACUAGCCAUAACGUUGCCAUUACGUAUCAGUUUUCCCCUUGUUGGAUGGAAUAUGUUCUGAAUACAUUAAACAGUUAAAAAUUAUAAAUCAUUCAAUCUUAUAUUUUAAUUCCACGAUGGAGAAACAGGACCUAGCUUUUCAUUGCUUCGCAACGUCCGAAUGUUCUGGGUUGAGAAAAAUUUAGGCGCAGUAGGCUCUACUUCCGAGAGUAAAACCAAAGUAGUCAUUGGUUGUUGGUCGCGGGAUAGGUAUAAAAGCAGAGCUUUUAAGUACGGCUGUGGAGUUUUAUUGAAUCACUUGUCGCGAACGGUUCAUUUUCGGAGUUUUCGUCAGUCGCAUCAAGAAGUCCAGUUUUAUUUUAAAGUUGAGUUCAGUUACCGUUCAGUUGAGCACCCCUGCAUUUGAAACACGGUUCGAAUACUCGUCGAUGGCUCUGCAAGUGUGUGCGUGUCGGCGAAAGACUUUUCUGCAGCCUGUCAAAACAUUCCAUUCGUGUUUGUGAACCGCAACGGGAGCUGUUUAAUUGUUUUGGAACGCUCGUCUGUGUUUGUGCCCUGCGUGUAGUGUGAAUGUCGCGCUUGUGCAUGUGUCUGUCGGUGCCGUACGUGUGCCGUUCCCCCGGUGUAGUUUCACUACGAUGCAGUUCUUCCCAGCAAAAAGUGUCAUGGAAAAGCAAUACAAUGCAAAAAUUGUGCAAAAUGUACAAAAUCCAAAGUGAUGUGGUGAAAUUUUCGGCAGUUUAAA